CGUAACCGCGCUGCGCACAGUCGCACUCAUGUAGGAUCGCGAUCCGCCCAUCGCAGUAUGAAGUGUCUGUGGCUGCUAGUGAUCACUGUUCUGUGUUGGUGCGAAGGCAGCAAGCCUAGGCGAGGACGGGGGAGCAUGUGGUGGGGCAUCGCUAAAGCGGGAGAGCCGAAUAAUCUGGCGCCGUUGUCGCCCGGGGUUUUGUACAUGGACCCGGCAGUUCACGCCACACUGAGGAGAAAGCAGAGGAGGCUAGCGAGAGAGAACCCUGGAGUCCUGGCUGCAGUCGCGAAGGGAGCCAACAUGGCCGUCGCCGAGUGCCAACACCAAUUCAAAUACAGAAGGUGGAACUGCUCCACGAGAAAUUUCCUGAGAGGAAAGAACUUAUUUGGCAAGAUCGUUGACAGAGGUUGUCGAGAGACAGCGUUCAUCUACGCGAUAACCAGCGCGGGCGUGACGCACGCGGUGUCCCGCGCUUGUGCCGAGGGAUCCAUCGAGUCGUGCACCUGCGACUACUCGCACGUGGACCGCGCGCCGCACCGCGCCCGCGCCGCCGCCGCCGCCAAUGUCCGAGUUUGGAAGUGGGGCGGCUGCUCAGACAAUAUCGGCUUCGGCUUCCACUUCAGCAGGGAAUUCGUCGACACAGGAGAAAGAGGAAAAACCUUAAGAGAAAAAAUGAAUCUGCACAACAACGAGGCCGGCAGAACGCACGUGCAGUCGGAGAUGCGGCAGGAGUGCAAGUGCCACGGGAUGUCAGGCUCGUGCACGGUGAAGACGUGCUGGAUGCGGCUGCCGAGCUUCCGCUCCGUGGGCGACGCGCUCAAGGACCGCUUCGACGGCGCGUCGCGGGUCAUGAUGCCUAAUGCGGAGCUGGAGGCGCCGGCGCAGCGCAACGAUGCCGCCCCGCAUCGGGUGCCGCGCCGCGACCGCUACCGCUUCCAGCUGCGGCCGCACAACCCCGACCACAAGUCGCCGGGCCUGAAGGACCUCGUGUACCUGGAGUCCUCGCCGGGGUUCUGCGAGAAGAACCCGCGGCUCGGCAUCCCCGGCACGCACGGCCGCGCCUGCAACGACACCAGCAUCGGCGUGGACGGCUGCGACCUCAUGUGCUGCGGCCGCGGCUACCGGACUGAGACCAUGUUCGUGGUGGAACGGUGCAACUGCACCUUCCACUGGUGUUGCGAGGUCAAAUGCAAAGUUUGUCGCACGGAAAAAGUGGUUCACACGUGUUUAUAGGCGCGCGGACGCUAAUGACUUACGCACCUGUGAUCGAGCCAGUGUAGUGAUGUGCCUCGGACUCGCCCCGACCGGACCCGACCGGGCCGUCCGCUCCCGCGCCCGGGGCGGAUAACGGACCGUGUACAUAAUCGCUUCACUUAUUCAUCUAUCGGACUCGUCGAAAUCGUAUUUCAUGUUGACUUAUGUAAAUAGUUCUUUAUCACUGUUUAUUUCUUAUGUACGAUAAAUGAUCCGGCGUGAAAUUAAAAUAAGCUACUCGUUCGUUUAAUUUAUUUGGCUAUUAAGUGCGAACAUGUGAUCUAGCAACGUUGUUUUUAUGGACACUGUCGUUCGGAAAUUAAUGAGACCAGUUUAACUGCGAUUUAUUUCUGUCAACUUGUCAUCCCUGGUUUGAACAAAAUUGGGUUUGUUGGUUUCCUUACGCGGUCAGCUGUGUAAUUUAUUUAUUUUAGAUAUCGUUUAUGUUGAGGCCUGUAUUCCGGACACCGCCGGAGUGGACGACGAAACUUUAAUUGGUAUUUCUUAAUAUCACAUUGAAAGUUAAUAUUCGCGCAGGGACGAACGCGAUGCAAUCAAGUGAGGUUUAUACUGUCUAUUUUAUAGACGUCCGCGUCGGCGCAUCGUCGCAUAACUGUUUUCAGAUCUGAGAGCGAAAUUAUCUUGUAAUUAUAAUUUCAUAUUAUAAUUAAGCUGGUUAAUGGAAUUUGUGGCUUAAUGCAUUAGCAUAAAGUGUCUUCCUGGGUGUCCGCGCGAGCCGGCUUAUCAGUCAGCACCAAGUAGCACCAUCGUAAAAGUGUCCCACAUUACGAGAUAAAUGCUCUCGGGAAUUUUAAUUAAAUAUUAAACGAAUCAAAUAAUCAGUAUUAUACAUAUUGUAUGUGUGUAGCGCGACCGAUGUUCCGAGAUAAAGUUGCACGCAAACUCUUCGACACUUUUCAUACAGAUGCCUAUUUUUAAUGAAGCAUGCUUUACUUUACAACUUUGUAUGUGGCUCACGGCGUCGCAUAUUCGCCGUAGCCAGACUGCAACCUUUCAUAAGAAUUGUCUAAACCGAUUCUGAAUUUUCUUUUACAAUCUCUACAAUCCUGACGUCUACUUAUUAGUAAAAUGCAGUAUACGUAACUUUGGUUGAAAAAGAAAAUGAAUUUUCGGCUGAGAAACUUAUUUUUGACUAGAUUAUAAUAAUUUUGUUACAUUAAUGUAAUUUCUUCACAUUGUUCACGGUUUAUCUGAAGAUAAAUGUUCUUUUUGUAUAACCGGUAAUUAUUUAUAAUUACAUACACAUUUUGACCGACAUCAUUUCUGGAAC